AGGUGGAGCAGACAGUUCUAAGCAGUUUGCUUUCUUCCCCUUUAGAUGAUGGAGAGAAACAGCAAAAACAUUUCAAGCUUUCAUCAAAAACCUCUCCGAAAGAGAGUUCUCAGGCAGCUGCCGUGCCAUGGUUAAACCAAGAAUCUCCAUCCUAUGAAGAAAGAUUUAUUCCUCCUGAGCUUAGUAUUUGGGAUUAUUUCAUUGCCAAGCCUUUUCUUCCAUCACAAAGUAGAGUGGAAUAUGACUCAGAAGAGAGUCAGGAAAGUGAUGAAGAUGAUGAUGAUACUGAUGGAGAUGUGUUUGCAGCAAAUUCACAUAAUCAAGAGCAUUUGAAUGCUAAUUCAUACAGUUGGUCACUGAUGCGAUUGGCAAUGGUUCAACUGGUGCUUAACAACUUGAAGAUUUUCUACCCUUUGGCUGGACACGAUCUUUCAGAGCUUCCAGUUAGCUCACCAGUAUGCCAUGCAGUUCUGAAAACACUACAGCUCUGGGAACAAGUUCUUCUGCGACGUCUUGAGCUGUAUGGUGGUCCACCUCAAGAUUAUAUUUCAGUUCACACUUCUGAGGAUGCCCUAGCUGGUGGUCCUGCAUUGCUUCGCCAUAAAACUUUGCUUGAGCCUGCAAACACUCCGUUCAGAUCUAACAGUCAUGUUGCCUUAUCUGUGAAGAGACUCUGGCAGUACUUGGUUAAACAGGAAGAAGUCCAGGAAACCUUUAUCAGAAAUAUUUUUACAAAGAAGCGAUGUUUAAAUGAGGUUGGUAUGGCAGCUAGGUCAUUAGAGGACCAUAAUGAAACCUUGAAAAACUCUGUGGUGGAGGAGCCCAUCAUCAAUAAGAUAGAAACAGAUUUAGGAUAUCCAGGAGGCAAGGCAAGAAUAAUUCACAAAGAGUCGGACAUCAUUACUGCUUUUGCAGUCAAUAAGGCAAAUCGAAACUGUAUUGCAAUAGCAUCGAGUCAUGACAUUCAAGAAUUAGAUGUUUCUGCAAUACUGGCUACACAGAUCUACACCUGGGUUGAUGAUGAUGUGGAAACAGAAAAUAAAGGGGCUGAUGAUUUCUUAGUUAUCCACGCUCGUGAUGAUCUGGUAAAUGUUCAGGGAACCACUCCUUAUACUCACAGUAAUCCUGGCACACCCAUUAAUAUGCCUUGGCUUGGUAGUACACAAACUGGCAGGGGUGCAUCCGUGAUGCUCAAGAAGGCUAUUAAUAAUGUCAGAAGAAUGGCUUCUCAUCCAACAUUGCCAUAUUAUCUGACGGGUGCUCAAGAUGGCAGUGUAAGAAUGUUUGAAUGGGGUCAUGCACAGCAAAUCACGUGUUUUCGGUCUGGCGGCAACUCCCGGGUAACUCGAAUGAGGUUCAAUUAUCAAGGAAAUAAGUUUGGAGUUGUUGAUGCUGAUGGAUAUAUAAGUUUAUAUCAAACAAAUUGGAAAUGUUGCCCACUUACAGGGACCUCACCAAAACCAUAUUUGACCUGGCAGUGCCAUAACAAAACAGCCAAUGACUUUGUUUUCAUCAGUUCAUCAUCUUUGAUAGCCACAGCUGGAUUGUCUUCUGACAACAGAAAUAUUUGUCUUUGGGAUACUUUAGUUUCCCCCACAAAUAGUCUGGUGCAUGCUUUUGUCUGUCAUGAUAGUGGAGCAACUGUUCUAGCAUAUGCUCCAAAACAUCAGCUGUUAAUCUCUGGAGGGAAAAAAGGCUUGACGUGUAUAAUUGACCUUCGCCAAAAGCAACAGCAACAGUUACUCCAAAGCCAUGAUUCUCAAGUCAAAGCAAUUGCUGUCGAUCCUACAGAAGAGUAUUUUGUCACAGGAUCUGCUGAAGGCAACAUAAAGGUAUGGAGUCUGUCUACGUUUAAUCUUCUGCACACCUUCAUCAAUGAGCAUUCUCGACAGUCUCUCUUCAGAAAUAUUGGGACAGGAGUCAUGCAAAUUGAAACAGGACCAGCAAAUCACAUAUUCUCCUGUGGAGCUGAUGGAACAGUAAAGAUGAGAAUCUUGCCUGAUAGAUUCAGCCCAUUUAAUGAAGUGUUAAAAAAUGAUGUUAAAUUCAUGAUGUAAUAUUUUUUCUCAAUACAGUGUGUAACAUUUACCUUCUGCCAUCCCUGAAAAUAUUUUUCCUGAAACUAGUCAACAAAGCAGAUGUACAAUGACAGCUUGUGCCACAAAGAUGCUUUUUUUUU